CCAGGCAACACCAUGGCAACGCCUUCAAGUGCUGUGGUCGAGGUUUUCUACUGGAGAAGCAGCUUCUGCCUGUCUUCAUACUGGACUUUCAUUGACUUUGUUUUAUAGAGGAGACGGUAUGCAAUUCGCCCAAAAUUAUUAGUAUCAAGUACGGCGCUCCGGACAUCACUGGUUACAAGUUGACUACACAGAUCUAGCACAGUGUUGCCAACUCCUCAGUAAGGAAAGUAGCUAUUGGCUAUCCUUUUAUUUUUAUUUUUUUAAAUGUGUCGCUAGAUGGGGUCUGAAUACUCGCAAAAUAUAGCGACAAAAGUCGCUAAGUUGGUAACGCUGAGAUUCUUAGCAUCAGAUUUAUCCAUCUCGAUAGACCAGACUGACCGGAAGCUGGACGGAAGUGGCCCGUCCACUGCGGAAAUGCUGUCAUGGUAACGCAGGUGACAAUAACAUGUCUGCAAAAGCGAAACAAAGCAACAAGUCAGCGGAUAAAAAUACAAACGACAGAAAUGACGCUGCGUCCAAAGAAAAUUAUGCUGAAAAAGCCAACCCUCAAUGGAAACUUAUUUCCCAUGAACAAAUCAACACGCUGUUGGAUUUGACAGUGGAACAAGUGCAAUUCCAGUUUGAAGAAAUACUUGUUUUGAAGAACUACCAGACAUGUGUGAAGGAGGCAGCCCUGUUGGACUACUUUGUCUCUGGCUUCUGGUGGGCCAGGGAGAUGAACUACAGCUGUCAACAGAUCUCAUUCGUCAUGGCUCUACUGCAGUUGUUACUGGACAAUAUCAGGGAGAAGCAGAUGCCAUUUGGUGAUAACCUGAACGAGUUUGCCAAGUUGAUAUCAGGAACACGCCAGUCUCUUUCUCCAGAGGUUGACUCACUGUUUGAUGCUGAACAGGCCAUGUCCAUCACUGACUACCUGAAGUGCAGUCUCUUUCAGAACUACCGACUCUAUGAGUUUCUCUUCAACCAACCUAGAGAGGAACUGCUCCUUGGAAAGAAGAGGACCAUAGAGGUGAUCAGCUCAGCAGACUUUGUAGCUCCGCUGGAAGAAGGCAUGAAUACUGAUGUCUACCUCCAUUACAUGACUCCUGUUGAACACCAUGAAGAGGGACAGAGGACCAGCCAGGUGGAGGAUGGAGAGGUACCAGGUGAAACAGUUCUGGAGCAAGAGAAGGAGAACAAGGCUACAGAGUUUGAAGAGUACAACGUUCAGGAUGUGAAAGACGUGCUGGAUGACCUGACCAAAGAGAUGCUGAGAAACCUACAGGCUGAAUUCACAGAGAAGCUGAGAGUCCAGGAGGAGAGCUUCAGCACCAGACUAGAACCACUGAAACAUUCUGCCUGCAAAUAGCUACAAUAAACCACACAGUCUAUAAUAUAUCCACAAUACACCACACAGUCUAUAAUAUAUCCACAAUACACCACACAGUCUAUAAUAUAUCCACUAUACACCACAGUCUAUAAUAUAUCCACAAUACACCACACAGUCUAUAACAUAUC